AGCGCACGGGCCGCUCCCCAGCUCAGGCAGCAGGGCCCCGGGGCGGUGCCCGGUGCCGCCGCCGCUGCUGGCGGGAGGGAGAAGCCGCUCAGUCCCCGGGGCCGUCCCAGCGCCCUGGAGCCGAGCCGCUGGGUGGGCAGCCUGGCUAUGGUGCCCGGCUCCCGGCUGCAGCGCCCGGGGAGAGCCUAGCGGCGGCGCCCCGGGAGGCGAAGGAGAGUCCCCAGUGCCGGGCGGCGAUGCGGCCGGGAGCUGCGCGCCGGUGACCGUGGUGGGGCGGGGAGCUUGUGGCCGGCCCGGGCGCUGCUCCGCCCGCCGCAGUGGUCCCCUGCAGGGGCUUGUGCCAUCGGGCUGCCUGAAUCCCCGAGCCUCAGCCGCCGCCUCGCAAUGCUUCGCUGGAGCAUUAAUCGCUUUUGCGCUGGCGAAGAGAAACGAGUUGGAACACGCACCGUGUUUGUUGGCCACCGCCCUGUUUCAGAAACCGAUGCUUACGUCGAGCAGAAAUUCUGUGAUAAUAGAAUUGUCUCAUCCAAGUACACUGUCUGGAAUUUUCUUCCGAAGAAUCUUUUUGAACAGUUUAGAAGAAUUGCCAACUUUUAUUUCCUUAUCAUUUUCCUUGUGCAGGUGAUAGUAGAUACACCAACCAGCCCAAUAACCAGUGGACUUCCACUUUUCUUUGUGAUUAUUGUUACAGCUAUCAAACAGGGCUAUGAGGACUGGCUGAGACACAGAGCUGACAAGGAAGUAAAUAAAAGCAGCGUCUUCAUUGUUGAAAAUGCAAAGCAAGUGAAAAAACACAGCGAAAAAAUCAAGGUUGGCGAUAUUGUAGAAGUGAAAGCAGACGAAACCUUCCCCUGUGACCUGAUCUUCUUGGCAUCGAGUAAUGACGAUGGGAUCUGUUACGUCACGACGGCAAGUCUGGAUGGCGAGUCAAAUUUCAAGACUCAUUACGCAGUGCGGGAUACUACUGGGCUCCGGACAGACGACGACAUCGACUCCCUGACUGCCACAAUUGAAUGUGAGCAGCCUCAACCUGACCUCUACAAAUUUGUUGGAAGAAUUAACAUCUACAGAAGGAACCAGGAGCCUGUAGCCCGGUCUUUGGGUCCCGAAAACCUGCUGCUGAAGGGGUCUACUUUAAAAAAUACAAAGAAGAUUUAUGGAGUUGCGGUUUAUACUGGAAUGGAAACAAAAAUGGCUUUGAACUACCAAGGAAAAUCACAAAAACGGUCAGCUGUAGAAAAAUCAAUCAACGCCUUCUUGAUAGUGUAUUUAUGCAUCUUAGUGAGUAAAGCUACGGUGUGCACCACUCUGAAAUACAUCUGGCAGAGUAAUCCGUUUAAUGAUGAGCCAUGGUAUAACCAAAAGACAAUAAAAGAAAGAGAUAUGUUCAAGAUCUUAAGAAUGUUCACAGACUUCCUGUCAUUUAUGGUUCUGUUCAAUUUCAUUAUCCCGGUCUCCAUGUACGUUACUGUAGAAAUGCAAAAAUUCUUGGGCUCCUUCUUUAUUGCUUGGGAUAAGGAGAUGUAUGAUGAAGAAAUCAAGGAAGGGGCACUGGUGAAUACCUCGGACCUCAACGAAGAACUCGGUCAGGUCGAGUAUGUGUUCACAGACAAAACUGGAACCCUUACUGAAAACAGCAUGAAGUUCAUUGAGUGCUGCAUAGAUGGACACAAGUACAAAGACGGCAUUUCAGAGGUGGAUGGGUUCUCUCACACGGACGGGCCCCUGAAAUAUUAUGGGAAAGCAGAAAAGUGUCGAGAAGAGCUGUUCCUCCGUGCUUUGUGUCUGUGCCAUACAGUUCAAAUCCAAGAAGGAGACAACGUAGAUGGAUUGAGAGUAAACCAGGAGUGCAGGACCUAUAUCGCCUCUUCACCAGAUGAAAUAGCUUUGGUAAAAGGCGCCAAAAAGUAUGGUUUCACUUUUCUAGGACAUGAAGCUGAUUACAUGAAAGUACAGAACCAAAAGAAUGAAAUUGAAAAGUAUCAGCUUCUUCAUGUACUAAACUUUGAUCCUGUCCGCCGCCGGAUGAGUGUUAUUGUAAAAACCAGUACAGGAAAGUUCCUCCUAUUCUGUAAAGGAGCAGACUCCUCUAUGUUUCCAAGGGUGCAACAAGAUGAAAUACAACAAACUAAAGUGCAUGUAGAACGUAACGCAAUGGAUGGAUAUCGAACUCUUUGUGUGGCCUUCAAAGAACUAACUCAAGAGGACUAUAAAAAAAUUAAUGAUCAGCUCAGUGAAGCGAAAAUGGCUCUACAGGACAGAGAAGAAAAGAUGGCCAGGAUUUUUGAUGACAUAGAGACCGACAUGCAUUUGAUAGGGGCUACUGCUGUGGAAGACAGACUGCAGGAGCACGCGGCGGAAACCAUUGAGGCCCUGCAAACGGCAGGCAUGAAGGUCUGGGUGCUGACUGGGGACAAGAUGGAAACUGCAAAAUCCACCUGCUAUGCCUCCAGGCUCUUCCAGACAAACACUGAAUUACUGGAGCUGACCACAAAAACGAUGGGAGACAGCGACAGGAAAGAGGAUCGAUUACACGAGCUGUUGCUGGAGUAUCAUAAAAAGCUGCUGCCGGAUUUCCCCAAAAAUAGCGGAAAGCUUAAAAGGAGCUGGACGGUGAGCCAGGAAUAUGGACUGAUUAUAGAUGGAUCGACGCUGUCGCUGAUAUUAAAUCCUUCUCAGGAUUCCAGUUCCAGUAAUUACAAAAGCAUUUUCCUACAGAUUUGCCUGAAGUGUACUGCAGUUCUGUGUUGUCGGAUGGCUCCUUUGCAGAAAGCCCAGAUCGUUAGAAUGGUGAAAAACACCAAGGGCAAUCCAAUAACACUAUCAAUAGGAGAUGGUGCCAACGAUGUUAGCAUGAUCUUGGAAGCACAUGUUGGAAUAGGUAUAAAAGGCAAAGAAGGUCGUCAGGCAGCAAGAAACAGUGACUACGCGGUUCCAAAGUUUAUGCAUUUAAGAAAAUUGCUACUAGCACAUGGGCAUUUAUAUUACGUGAGAAUAGCACACCUUGUACAGUAUUUCUUCUAUAAGAACCUUUGCUUCAUUUUACCACAAUUUUUAUAUCAGUUCUUCUGUGGAUUCUCGCAACAGCCUCUGUACGAUGCUGCUUAUCUUACAAUGUACAACAUCUGCUUCACGUCACUACCUAUCCUGGCCUACAGUCUACUGGAGCAGCAUAUUAACAUUGAAACUCUGACCUCAGAUCCAAGAUUGUAUAUGAAAAUUUCUGAUAAUGCCAUGUUACAAUGGAAGCCUUUCUUAUACUGGACCUUUCUAGGCGCCUUUGAAGGACUUGUGUUUUUCUUUGGAGUUUACUUUCUUUUUCAAAAUUCAUCAUUAGAAGAUAAUGGAAAGGUUUUUGGGAACUGGACGUUUGGAACUAUUGUUUUUACUGUAUUAGUGUUCACCGUCACUCUGAAGCUCGCGUUGGAUACUCGAUUCUGGACCUGGAUGAACCACUUCGUGAUUUGGGGCUCCUUAGCCUUUUAUGUCUUUUUCUCCUUCUUUUGGGGAGGAAUCAUUUGGCCUUUCUUGAAGCAGCAACGAAUGUAUUUUGUAUUUGCUCAUAUGGUGACGUCCGUAUCAACCUGGCUGGCCAUAGUUCUCCUUAUCUUUAUCAGCCUUUUCCCGGAGAUUCUUCUAGUAGUUUUUAAAAAUGCGAAAAGGAAAAACCAUCAGACUGUACCCUUUAAUUUGCCUAUGUUAUUGUCCUACAAACCUAUGGAGAAUGGUUACACCUCUGAAAUGAAGCUCGAAGAUGCUGUUACUAACUUGACACAAAGAUGCCAUCUCAGGAUACCUCAAAUGCAACAACUGUAAACACUGCACCGUGUCGUGCUGCAGGACAAGACGUGGGUUUGAACUCACAGUUCUCUUUAAGAUGACACAUGUAUUGUAAGCAGCCCUGCUGACUAAGCAGCGGAGGCACUGGCCCUCAUUUUUUCAAAGUCUGAAAAUGGAAAAGUCUGGGACAUAAAAAGUCCAUGGAAUCGGGAGUGGAGAAAAGAACAUCUAGAAUUCCAUGAAAAUGGAACAAUAGAAACUUUAGAGACACAUGGAUGCUCCUUAUGCCCACUGAAUAGAAGGAGGCUCCUCCAUUACAGAUUCAUCCAACAGCAAUGAAUGGCCACUAAAGUCUUAUUCUUUUGCCUGACCAAAGAAGUAGCACAGCCUUUCUGCUUAAUCACAGUCUUGUCCAGCUCCCUUGGAAGACACUGGAAGUUGGGUUGGACCCUAAAUUAGUACCACGGUCUGUUGUCUUGCACAGCUCCCGUUGCUGCUAAUGAGAGCUGAAGCCAGGAUGUGAUCGUUAGAAAAGUUCAGCUUUCAAAUCCACGCAGCAGAAAUACUUGAAAAUAUUGAAGGACUGAGCUGCUGAUGGCGUGAAAUGUCCAGUGGCAUCCCCUUUCCAUUGCAAACAGCAGGGUUAGACUGUUAAAUGUUCUGUUUAUUAAAAUGCAGAAGUGUGUCAGCCUGAACGUUUCUGAGGAGCCGAUCAAAAUAUUGGAAGAGUUUUCAUGGGGCAAGACUUCUUUUCCACAUUACCAAAUUUGAUUCUGGAACAGGCGGAAGACACAAUGACAAACCCUUUCCCCUUAUGUACUGAAAAUACACGGAAUUCUUUUAUUACUCAUGAAAAGCUCCUUAGUCAGGAAAGAAUCUUAAAUAAAAGUUAUGUUGUGCCAGGUUUUCAGCCAAAACUUAACUGGGCCUCUGUGGUUAUGCUCACGCUCCUGUGAAUGUAAUUGCAGUUGUUUGGAGACCUUAAAGACCUGAGUGGCAGUCACAGUCAGGGCCUUAAGUGACCCAUUGACAUUGAUUGUGCUUGCAAAUAAUACCAGAUAAAUCUGCAAUCUUCGUUAUCUGCACCAACAAAAAGGGAGGUCGGUUUUAAAAAUAAGUGAAUGAAUACAUCUGGUUCUAGGAGUAUCAUUUUACUUGGUUCUAAAAUCAGCAGGUUUUUUUUUUAAAUCUGCAUAUAUCAAGAUGUUGAUGUUGAUUUAAUACCACGUAUGCAUAGCAUAAAGGUAAAAUGUUUGACAACCAACUUCUAUUUGUUUUUUAUUAUGCAGGAAAACAAUACUACUUUGAUUAUAAACAAUCCUGAGUGAGCAUGGAUUAAGUGCAAUUGGCAUUUUAUUUUUUUAAUAAUAUUUUUCCACCAGGUUGACUUCCCCUUCAUCCUGUAUGUCCCAGGUUUCCCUGUGCCAGAUAAAGCAAACAAAUAAAUACUUGGGAUAAAAAUUUUCAGAGUAUGUAAGUCCCAUUUUCUUAGCCUCCCAAGUCUUAUUGCAGGUCAAUGAGACUUAGGCUCCUAAGUCACUUGGGCACUUUUGAAAAUUUUACCUUUAGGCUUUGCUUUGCUCAUGCACAAAGAGACUAGAAGUUAGGGCUGGGCAGAAAAUUCCCAUCUCCAUGAAAUUUCGAUGAACAACAGAAAAGAAUUUUGCAAAAAAUAAUUUUCCAUUCCCUCCCUUCAAAAAGUUUGGAAACGCUAAAACUGAAAAGGAGUUGGCACUACCGUUCUCAGAGAGCCGUGCACCUGAUUUUAUGCCUGCUAAUAGACUUGGUUUUAAAAAACACUGACAGGUUGUUCAGUCUCUUGGCCUCUCUCCUGCUGCCUCUGAAGUUGUUGGGACAUUUCCUGAGGAAAAGCUGGAUCGGGCUCUCCUGCCCCCCAAGUAAGGGCAGGCAAAUCCUCAUCUAUAUAUAAGCAGUCACCCCAAGCCUGCCAUUCAUGGAAAGCGAGGGAAAGGAGCAGAAACUGCAUGCAAGAGGCCUCUGUCACCCCUGCAUGUCAUGACUGCUUUAUGCUACUCAGCAUGGGGCGGGGGGAAAUGUGAGCAGGACACCCCACAGCUCCUAAGACCCAGCAUGGAUAGGAGAGUGGUCAGCCCCAUUCACUGCACUGCACCUUACCUGGCAGUAGUGGCCACGGCGCAGCCACGCCUUGCUGAGCACAGGGGUGGGAUUGCAUUCCCCUUCAUAUUGCCUAUAAGCAAGGCCCUUUUUCCUUUGGCUCACCCCAUGGGACUAGAAUGGAGCCUUAGGUCUUGUCUGAUCACCAGUGUUGAUGGCUAACGUUGUGCCUACACAUUCGAGCAUGAGGGGCACAUCCCACCGAUACACUGACAAUACGGUCUGUACGCCAACUCUGAUCUUUCUGCUUCUACGCACAGUUCUGUUUGCUUGUAUGUUUAUAUAAUCUUCAAAAUGUGGGCACUGAAAGGCAGACUUCCAAUGAUCUGAGACCAUUCCAAGGCUGACGCGGACCGCCUCCUUUUUGGUUUGAUUUGUGUAGCAUUCUACAUUGUUGGGAUCCAAUUCCGUUCCGGCUGAUGCCAGCUGAAUUUUUGCUUUUGGCUUCAGUGAGAGCAGGAUUGUGGUAUAUUCUCAGGAGUACUGAUGGGGGAAGGGAGGAAUAACUAUCCUGCAUUUUAAGAGUAAGCUUGAUUGGAACCAAAUUUUUCUCUUUCCAUCUCCAAAUAAUUAAGUGAACCAUUCACUGUAGACCUACAUCUGACACCAAAACUGAUGCGAGGAUCCACAAGGGUGGGCUGGAAUUAACACAUAACAUCUAGCAGACCAGCUGUAGAGUGUUGGAAAUACAGGCUUUCUUGGGCAAGGGUCUUAGCUAGUGUAUUGGUGCAGCUCCACUGAGUUCAGCAGAGCUAUUCUGAUGUACACCAGCUAAAGAUAUGACCCACCGGAUUCAAAACUAGCAAACUCCAAAUCUGUUGCUUCCUGAGGACCUGCGGUAUAAGAGAGAUCAUAAGAAUGAAUUUUGCAAUUAGGGAGGUCCUGCUGCUGAGGUCCUACCAGAGAUUAGAUAGCUCAGAAUGGCAAUAAUUUGACAGUAACACAAUAAUACUGUGAUUGUUGUUCAUAUCAAAUACAAGUUGUAUUGUUAUGCCACAUUUCAGUAAUGAGCUAAAAGGUCAGUAGGAGCUUAUAGGUGGAAAAUCUUGAAGGAAACUGGUUAGUGUUUCUAACAAUUCCCUGCAUAUUAAUCACACUGAUUAGUGACCCAGAAAGUUAAGAAAAGUAACUAGACUCGCUCAAAGUACUAGUGAAAAGUUUCAUAAACUCAAUCUAUUUUUCAAAACUAAUUUUUGUAUGAGGAUAGUAUAAAUUGCCAGGAAUCACAUACAAAUUGAAAUGCAAAUUUGCAUACCUACCUACCAGUGGAAGAUAUAAUUAAUAUCACGGUUGCACCACUCAUCCAACUUCUCAGCCAUGGAAUUUUUUUAAAUAAUGUAGCAUAUAAAAAGGUGUAAAUUAUACACAGUUGAUGAGAAGAAACAUUUUUCAGCUUCUUUUAAAAAAUUGGGACUGCAAACUUACCUUUCCCCCUUCCCCACGUAAAAUGCAAUUUUAUACAUGUGUUGCUUUAUAUAACAGAUAUUGAAUGUGAAUGUUACCUUUUAUGAAUGCAAUUUGCCCUUUUUCAUUAACGAAACUUCUGUUUGAAGUAAUCAAUAAACUUUGGUAUGUUCUGAUUAAUA